UGGCUGAAUCACGUGCACUUGGCUGUGGCUGCUUCGGGACUGCGGCACUCAAUGUGGCUAGGGGUCUGGAAUCGGAUCCUUGCAAGAUCCCGGCCGGCGCCUGCCAAUCGAGUGCCGAUCGGACGCGACCGUGCACCCUCGAUUUCCAAGCCGAGCGGCCUCUUUGACCAGCGAAAUCAAAGUUGCAUGAACCACGAAAGCCGAAAUUUUCCUCGACUUCCCAACUGAUUGAGAGCUUCAGCGAGUCUUUGGCGAGCGAGUGUUGCCCCGUUUUGCGUUUGGGGUUUUCCUUGAUUCUUUACGCUUUCCACGAGACCAGGUGCUCCUCUUUCGAGUUUUCCGCCGCCGCCCUGUAUCAGUGGAUUCGUCGAGUUCGCGACGUUCUGCUUCAACCCCUUUCUCACCGACGCAUCAAACUUUCAACCGUUACCGCUCAAAAUGGGUCAGACUGUGUCAUGGCUGUCCAACUGGGUUUGGGCGAAGAAGGAGAUUAGGAUCCUAAUCCUCGGCUUGGACAACGCCGGCAAGACGACGCUCCUAUACAGACUAAAGAUCGGCGAAGUAGUAACGACGAUACCCACGAUCGGUUUCAACGUCGAGUCCGUGACAUACGGGAAACUGAACUUCAACGUUUGGGAUCUGGGCGGGCAAACAAGCAUCAGGCCGUAUUGGAGAUGUUAUUAUGCCAACACUGCGGCGGUCAUCUUCGUGGUCGACUCAACCGAUAUUGAGCGCCUGCAGACGGCCGCGGACGAGCUGUCGGCCAUGUUGAACGAAGAUGAGCUCAAGGAUGCCGCUCUGUUGGUGUUUGCGAACAAGCAGGAUCAACCGGGGGCAAAGGGCGCGGCCGACAUCUCGCAAGCGCUUCGGCUCGGCGAACUCAGAGACAGGAACUGGAGCAUUAUGGCGUGCAGUGCAGUGGAGGGCUCGGGUAUCAAGGAGGGCAUGGACUGGUUGUCGGUAAGUUCGGACCUGACCCUGAAUACGACUAGGCCCUAACAAAAAAAAGCAAACCGUCGCACAGGAUUAGAGGGAUGUCCCGGUUUUUGAGACGCAGGGCAGGGUUGUUUCUGUAAAUGACGACUAUACGUCUUAUACCAUUCCGGCCGCUCUUGGGUAUUGGGCAAGGUGGUAAACCUUGUGGCGUUUUGGCGGACAGCCGCCUUGGCUCAUGGACGACAUAUUAUGUGAAGGCGCAGGCUGCAUCAGAUGGGGCGGGACAGCGUUUCGGUACAUGGAUACACCACUUACAACUUUUAAUACACGAGGCGCCUGGCUCCCAAGGGCUGGCGACUCUCUUCACGGUUUCCGGUAUCAUUGUUAUCUGUCAGUCAAUGUCAGGUGAGUCAACCGUGACGUUG